UUUUUAAAAAAAAUUAUGCAGAACCAACUCAUGAACAAAUCAAUUGCUGAGCUUAAGAAAAAGGACAAGGCAUUGCAAGAUGAAAACACCUUACUUUUGAAGAAGAUCAAAGAGGAGAAAGAAUUAUCCCAGAAGUUACAACAGGAACAAAAUCAUGACAUCAUAUCUUCUUCUGUUCCACAACUUUUGAGCUCGGGUGAACAUGGAGAAGUUGAAGGCCAGUCUCAAUCAGCUAAUGCAGUAAUACCUCCAUGGAUGAUCAACCAUCUGCACGAGUCCAAUAGGGGAUAAGAACAUGUUUGGUUGUACUUAGAAGUUACUUUUCUGAAAGUAUAUAUGUAUCUACACAUAGACCUUCGGAAAAAGUAACUUUUAAGUUAUAUUUAAGACCAAUCGAAAGUCUUGUGUACAUAUUUAUCCAUAAUCAGGCUUCCGAUGGUUGGCUGCUAUUGUACUACUUGCAAGGAGUGUUGAUCUCGACCACCUCAUUGUAAGUGAGAGGCGAGAUUAUUUGUUUAAGUGCUUUUAAAAUACUGCUUGGUCGAUGUUGUUUCAAGUUAUCGUUAUCGAUAUAUAUGAGCUAUGUACAGAGGUAAUAAAUUGUACUGUGGUUUGGUAUUGUACCGAAGAUUGUAAAUCACUAUGUAAUAUGCUAUAUAUAUGCUAGUUUCUUAA